AUGUCGGGGAGGUGGUCCACGUCAACAUUCCGGCAAUGGCUAGGUGUCGACAUAGCUUACGCCACUUCUUCUCUCUGGUCAUCUUCAAUCUCCGUCCUCCGGUGGCCGUCACAGUUAACAUCGACAAGCCCAUCAAGAUGGUGGGUCCCACGACGGUUGUUGAGGUGGCCGGAGCUUGACUUCUCGAUUUUGGACGAUGUGGUUUGGAGCUUGGUCACUGCUUUUGAAUCAGUAGCUCUUGUCUCCAUGUUGGCUUUCUUCUUUCUCUUCUCUGGGGAGGAGUUUGGUGGCGGAGUUAACAAUAUUGUGGUUGUUGCUGUUGACUGGUUAAGGUUUGAUUGUUAA